AUGAUUCCUCACAGGAGUACAGCCCUCCUGUCUGUAAUUGUUUUCGUCGCGCUUUUGCUUUUCAUUUUCUCGUCCUCUCCGGUCCCUGAUACCGGCGAGCAGUCAGCCACAGGCCCGGCCAAGUUUGUGCCCACACCAAAACUACCCUCAUUAAGCAACUUCCACCUGCCCUCGUUCCGCCCUCCCUCGCAUGAGCAGCCCGAGGAACAGGACAACAGCACACACGGCGAGUCGAAAUGGUACAGCACCCUUGAAUGGUUGAACCCAUUCUCCUCUGCCAUCACAUUGGAUGAGAAUCGCUCCGUCCUCCCUCCCCUUCGCGAACGUCGACCGAUCUACACGUACUACGACGCGAAAUAUAACCCCAACAAAUCCAAUGGCAAGGACCUCAAGGACGUGCAGAAUGCCGAUGCGGAAUUGCUUCUCGCAUGGCGUCGGGCAUGGUUUGCUCAAGGAUUCAAGCCCGUAGUAUUGACUCCGGGCGAUGCGAUGAAAAACCCCAACUAUGAAGUUGUCCAGAAGUGGAAACUCGCGCCCAAAACACAGAACGAGGUGUUCGCCUGGCUUGCGUGGGGGCACAUGGGCACCGGCUUGCUGGCAGACUUCCACUGCUUCCCUAUGGCGCGUUAUGAUGAUCCCAUGCUCUCCUAUCUUCGCCGUGGGAGUGUCCCGGAAUCAAUUACCCGAUUCGAAAACCUCAAGAAUGGCCUCUACGCGGCGGACAAGUCGCGGAUCGAUGCGGCCGUUCAGAGCGCAGUCCUGAAGCUCGAUGAUAAAACCCAGUCCUUUGUUGAUCUGAUUGCACCGGAAUCGUUCAAGGUUGAGCCGCCGAACGCUUUGGCGUUUUAUAAGUCUGCGGCCAUUACCUCCCACUACUCUGCCGUGCAUGAAAAGAUGACCCAGAACCUUGCGAGUGGUCAGCUGGCUCUUGUCCAACUGAUCAACUCUCACCUGCACAAUCACUUCCAUAGCGCCUUCCCUGCCGGACUGGCUGUGCUGAAACCGUUCCCCCAGCACACUACCGCGCUCGUGGAACCUGCCCUUCGGCUGGCAAAGGCUCUUAUUCAGUGUCCUGAGUCGCCCAUUCCCGACUCUUGUCCACCUAAUGAACCCGAAUGCCGCCCAUGCGGGACCGGGUCUGCAAAGCAGCCCAUGCGUAUCAGCCAGCCUUCGACCUAUAAAAACACCACGUUCUUGUUCACCAUUGGCACCCUUCCUCACCCCUACACUCUUAUCAGCCUACAGAAGAGCUCAGAGGAGAUCACUAUACCACAAGUCCGCCGGGAGACCGAGCGCGACGCAUGGUUAUCUGAGGUGACCAAGGAGCACCUUGGGCCUGAAUUGGGUUCUUCAUACCGGGGAGUGAUCUUCAAGCAGGUUGUCGCAGGCGAAGAUGCUGUCGGGACUUCUCUGUGGAUGACUGUGGAAUCUCUUCCUGCACAGGCAGGCCAGAGUCUCCCCUCGGAACUCCUUGACGAGUUUGAAUGGCAGUUUGGCUUCAAGAUCCCUCGUGGGAGUAAGAUCGAUCCUGCAACCGAGAACGACAAAGACUCCGCCAAGAGCGCGCAGGAUCGCACGCCAAGCGAGCAAGGGGUCGGCAAAGAAUACGAACUCAUCCAAAAGGCCCGCGAUGUAAUUAAGACCAAGGAAACAAAUAGCAUCAACAUCAAGGAUGUUGUUGAGGCUUGGAACCUUGCAGAUACAGAGGUUUGGCGUUUUGUUAAGGCCUAUCGUUAUUCUGCAGAGCCCGAAGCGUCGUUGAACGCCAGAAAUGGGAAGAGGAAGAGAAACCUUUUGCAGGCUCGAGGCCGUGAGCGUGCAUUUACUGGUUACCAUCUACGGACCAUUUCUUUUAUAUAUCCUACCUCUAACUAUCGCCACAAUCGCUAUAUCUCCACCAUGGCGCCGGGAAUCCUAGAGACGGACUUUACGGUCGCGAUUGAGAAGCCGAGCAGCCUGUCUGCAUUGACUGAGGACUGGGAUGACACUAUUCGGUUCUAUCUCAACGGAACCAAGGUUGCGCUUGAUACGGUCAACCCGGAAGUGACUCUACUCGAAUACCUGCGGGGUGUUGGAUUAACAGGCACAAAGCUUGGAUGUGCUGAGGGAGGCUGUGGUGCUUGCACUGUGGUCGUCUCCCAUAUCAAUCCUACAACGAAGAAAAUCUACCAUGCCUCCGUUAAUGCCUGUAUUGCUCCGCUCGUCAGCAUUGACGGUAAGCACGUUAUCACAGUCGAAGGUAUUGGGAAUAUGAAGGAUCCCCACGCCAUUCAGCAGCGGAUUGCGGUCGGCAAUGGAAGUCAAUGUGGUUUCUGUACUCCUGGAAUAGUCAUGUCUCUUUAUGCCUUGCUGCGAAACAACCCGUCUCCCUCAGAGCACGAUGUUGAAGAAGCCUUCGAUGGAAACCUUUGCCGCUGCACGGGUUACCGACCUAUUCUAGAUGCUGCUCAGAGCUUCAACUCGACCAACAACUGCGGAAAGGCCUCUGCCAAUGGUGGGUCAGGCUGCUGCAUGGAGAAAAACGGCUCCGGUGGUGGCUGUAAAGGGUCUUCCGCCAACAAUGGAGAGAAAGAUACAGUCGAUUACAAGUUUCCCGCGCCGGACUUCAAGCCGUACAGUUCGGACACAGAGUUGAUCUUCCCUGCCGCCCUGCAGAAACACGAAUACCGACCCUUAGCAUAUGGCAACAAGAAGAAGAAAUGGUACCGACCAGUAACCGUUGAGCAACUGUUGCAAAUUAAGAACGUCCACCCAGACGCUAAACUAAUUGGUGGAAGCACGGAGACGCAGAUUGAGAUUAAGUUUAAGGCGAUGCGAUAUGCGGCCUCUGUUUACCUGGGAGAUAUCCCCGAAUUGCGACAAUUUACCUUGCACGACGAUUGUUUGGAGAUCGGUGCAAAUGUGUCAUUGACGGACCUCGAACACAUCUGUGACCAAGCGGUACAGAAAUAUGGCGAUGCCAGAGGCCAACCUUUCAAAGCGAUCAAGAAGCAGUUGCUCUAUUUCGCUGGGCGACAGAUCCGAAAUGUCGCUUCCCCAGCAGGUAACCUGGCCACUGCAUCGCCCAUCUCUGAUCUUAACCCGGUUUUGGUAGCUACGAACACUAUUCUCGUGGCCAAGUCCCUCGAAGGCGAGACUGAAAUUCCAAUGACUGAAUUCUUCCAAGGAUACAGAAAGACUGCCCUCGCUCCCAACGCAGUCAUCGCUAGCUUGCGCAUUCCAGCCGCGAAAGCGCAGGGAGAGCACAUGCGAGCCUACAAACAGGCCAAGCGGAAGGACGAUGAUAUUGCCAUCGUCAAUUCCGCGUUACGCGUGACUCUUUCUGAGACCAAUGAUGUGGUCAGUGCCAAUCUUGUGUUUGGUGGCAUGGCCGCCAUGACCGUCUCAGCGAAGAAUGCAGAGGCGUUUUUGGUUGGCAAGAAGUUCACAAACCCCAUCACGCUAGAAGGCGUCAUGAGCGCACUGGAGCAGGAUUUCAACCUGCCGUUUGGAGUUCCUGGUGGUAUGGCUAGUUACCGGAAGUCUUUGGCUCUGGGCUUCUUCUACAGAUUCUAUUACGAUGUACUUUCAGGGCUCGAUGUCAAGGCUUCGGAUUUAGAUCCAGAUGUUGUUGCUGAGAUUGAGAGAGCAAUUUCUACUGGAGCAAAAGAUCUUGAGACCUCCGUCGCCUAUCAACAGAAGAUUCUUGGACGAGCGACUCCGCAUGUUGCGGCCUUGAAGCAGUCCACAGGAGAGGCUCAAUACACAGACGAUAUUCCUGUGCAACAGAAUGAGUUAUUCGCCUGCAUGCUUCUGUCUACUAAGCCUCAUGCCAAGAUCCUCAGCGUUGAAACGUCCGCUGCAUUGGAUAUUCCGGGCGUUGUGGACUACGUGGACCACACAGAUCUCCCUAACCCUCAAGCAAACUGGUGGGGGCAGCCCAAGUCCGAUGAGCUUUUCUUUGCCGUUGAUGAAGUUACUACUGCUGGUCAGCCGAUUGGUGUGAUUCUGGCGACUAGCGCUAAAAUUGCCGAGGAAGGUAUGAGGGCUAUCAAGGUCGAAUAUGAAGACCUCCCGAGCAUCCUUACGAUUGAGGAGGCCAUUGAGGCGGAGUCUUACUUUGAGCACUAUCGCUACAUCAAGAAUGGUGAUACCGAGGAAGCUUUCAAACAAGCUGACCACGUCUUUACCGGGGUCUCGCGAAUGGGUGGCCAGGAGCACUUCUACCUGGAAACCCAAGCCUGUGUGGCAAUUCCAAAGCCGGAGGAUGGUGAAAUGGAGAUUUGGAGUGGCACCCAGAACCCUACCGAAACACAAGCCUAUGUCGCUCAGGUGACAGGAGUAUCUGCGAACAAAAUUGUAUCGCGCGUGAAGCGACUUGGUGGUGGCUUUGGUGGCAAGGAGUCGCGAUCUGUCCAGCUGGCUGGUCUUUGUGCCACUGCCGCUGCGAAAACAAGACGACCGGUGCGGUGUAUGCUCAAUCGUGAUGAAGAUAUAUUGACUUCCGGUCAACGUCACCCGUUCCUCUGCCGAUGGAAAGUUGGUGUGACCAAAGAAGGAAAACUCCUUGCGCUUGAUGCAGAUGUGUAUGCCAAUGGAGGCCACACACAAGAUCUAUCAGGUGCCAUUGUGGAGCGAAGUUUGUCGCACAUUGAUGGCGUGUAUAAAAUACCGAAUGUCAAUGUGCGCGGCCGGAUCUGCAAAACUAAUACUGUGUCAAACACAGCUUUCCGUGGCUUUGGCGGUCCGCAAGGCCUGUUCUUCGCUGAGUGUUAUAUAUCGGAGAUUGCAGAUCAUCUGGAUAUUCCGGCCGAAGAGAUCCGGGCCAUCAAUAUGUACAAGCCAGAUGAUACGACGCAUUUCAACCAGCCUCUCAAAGAUUGGUAUGUGCCGUUGAUGUACAAGCAAGUGCUAGAGGAGAGCUCUUACAAGGAGCGUCGGAAGGCUGUUGAGGAGUACAAUGCGCAGCACAAGUGGUCCAAACGUGGAAUGGCGAUUGUGCCAACCAAGUUCGGUAUCUCCUUCACAGCUCUGUUCUUGAACCAAGCAGGGGCUUUGGUUCACAUCUAUCACGACGGCAGUGUCCUCGUAGCACACGGUGGUGUUGAAAUGGGACAAGGCCUCCACACAAAGAUGACCAUGAUCGCCGCCGAAGCAUUGCAAGUGCCGCAGGCGAGCGUCUUCAUUUCUGAGACAGCGACUAAUACAGUGGCCAAUACCUCCGCAACCGCUGCUUCAGCCAGCUCCGAUCUCAAUGGCUACGCCAUAUUCAAUGCGUGUGAACAGAUCAACGAACGUCUGCGUCCUUUCCGCGAGAAGAUGCCCAAUGCAACCAUGAAAGAACUUGCCCACGCGGCUUACUUCGCCCGUGUCAACCUCUCCGCGCAAGGAUACUACCGUACCCCGGAUAUCGGCUACGUAUGGGGCGAGAACAGCGGCCAGAUGUUCUUCUACUUCACACAGGGUGUCACCGCAGCCGAAGUGCAGAUCGACACGCUGACAGGUGAUUGGACGCCUCUACGUGCCGACGUGAAGAUGGAUGUGGGUCACAGUAUCAACCCCUCAGUGGACUACGGCCAGAUAGAAGGCGCCUUUGUGCAAGGACAAGGUCUCUUCACUACCGAAGAGAGUCUCUGGCAUCGUGCCUCUGGUCAGAUAUUCACGAGAGGCCCGGGCAACUACAAAAUUCCUGGCUUCCGUGAUAUACCGCAGAUUUUCAAUGUGAGUUUGCUUAAGGAUGUGGAGUGGGAAAACUUGCGUACCAUUCAACGCUCCCGUGGAGUCGGCGAGCCGCCCUUGUUUAUGGGUAGUGCAGUCUUCUUUGCCAUUCGUGACGCGCUGAAGGCUGCACGUAAGCAGUGGAACGUGAACAACGUGCUCUCUUUGGAAUCACCUGCUACCCCUGAGCGUAUUCGGAUUAGCUGUGCUGACCCGAUUAUUGAACGGGUGAGAGUGCAACCGAAGGAGGGGGAGAAGAGCUUCUUUGUCGCCAUAUAG